AUGCUACCAGAUGUGAUUAGAUAUUCAUGCAUACUAUUAUUUAAUAAAGAAGAUGAUAUCUCAAUCAUUAAAACAAACAUUGAUGCUAUAAAAGGUAGUAAGCAUCCAAUAAGAGCCUUCAUCUCUGAAUAUAACAAUAAAGAAAUAAGAGAUGUUAGAAAAAAAAAAAACACAAGUAAUAAAAACCAACAACCAACAACUACAAAUACAACUAAAUCAAUACCAUCAACUCCACCAACAACUAAUGCAUCAACAACCACACCAAUAACAACCACACCAAUAACAACCACACAAACAACAACCACACCAACAACAACCACACAUCAAUUACCAACAAGCAAUACAACAAUCUACAACCUAAACAAAACUACUACUACUACUACUACUACUACAAAACCUAUCAAUAAAAUUACUACAAGCAAUGGUACCAAGUUUCCAAUUGCCAGUAGUAUUAGAAAAUAA